AUGCUCCUCGGCCCCGUUUCUGUCUUGGACUGCCUCGUCGCAGGAGUUAUACUCGCGCCCCAGUUACUAUGGACUGCUGGACUUUUCGCUACACUGACUGUCGUCACUAGAGGUCUCCCAUUUCUUUUGUUCAAACUCCCUUUUCAUUUUCUUGCUCGCUAUGUCAAGGCGCGGGAUGCACAGCCGUCGUUUAUCGCCGAGUCUACUGCUUUUGAGGACAUGGUCAUUCGAAUUGUGAGAUAUGGCUUCAUGAAUUUCCCAGUCAAGACCAUCAGAGUCUUCUUGUCCAGGCAGUUUGCCUAUCCGUUUUUGAAGUGGAGGAUGUUUAGAAGUGGCUAUUUUUCGUUCCCGGCUCAAUUACAGGAGAAGGUUCUCGAACAGGGCAGUACUACUACCACCGGUCUUUGGAUCAGGCAUAAUCCAGAUCGUGAGCCUGAUGUGGUGAUCUACUAUGUUCAUGGUGGUGGUUUUGCGUUGGGAUCGUGCUACUUUUACCUCGAGUUUUUGUUGGCUAUGCACCACUUGCUACUAAAAGCUGGCUUUGAGAAUCCGGCCAUCUUCGCAUUAGAGUACACCCUCGUCCCCGAGAAAACGCACCCAACCCAGGUCAACCAAGCUGUCCUUGGUUACAAGCACAUUUUAGAAGAGAUCAAGGACGCAUCCAAAGUGUGCAUCGCUGGAGAUUCAGCUGGCGGACUAUUGACGCUAAGUCUUCUUCUAGAGCUGGGAACGAAAGCAAAAGGGCAUCAAAUGAACGGCAUUACCGCGCUUGCCGUCCCUAAGUUGGCUGUCCUAAUUUCCCCUUGGAUUACACUAGUAUCAAACAUACACUAUCCAUCAGAAGUGGACUAUCUAGAAAGGGAGACGCUGUGGAAGUACGGAAAGGCAUAUGGCGGAUCCGCGGUGCAUGACUCUGCAGCAUCGCCGGGGCUAUGCGAAGACGGAAACCUCUGGAGAGCAGUUAGUCCACAACGGGGAUACUUCAUUGUAUAUGGCGGGGAGGAGACACUGGCGCCGGACGCCGAGGCCUUCAUUCGUCAUCAAAGGAAAAACAAAGUCGAGAUCGAUGCCAUGGAGUUCAAGGGUGGCAUCCACGCGUGGCCAGUUGCGUCCCUCAUGCUUUCUGGGCCUUGGGAUCGGCGGCUACAAGGACUCGAGUCUAUUGUUGGACAAGUUAGAAAGAAGUUCACUAAUGAUACUGUCGCAACUAAAGAAAAGGUGUUAUCGUUGACAUAG